AUGGUGGCGAAGGUUGCACCCAAGGAGGACACCUGGGCUUGGCAGCCAAUUGGUGCUCCUUUCCCAGACAAUCCUAUCCGUGUCCCAGGACAGCAGAAUAUGUACGUGGCAUUAUGGUACAAGUAUGGGAAACCGAUACAUGGAAGGGCGUAUAACGACGAUGGCGGCGUGCAAUGCUCGUUUCCUUACAAGAAAUUCGAAUUGAAAACGAAGACAGAACUAGAAGGAAACAUCCAAAUACUCACAUAUAAAGGAAAUUUCAAAUCUCUUGGUUACUGGUCAGUAUACAAAGUUGAAAAAACAAGACAUAUAUACUCUGUCUCAAUCGUGGUGUGCUUGCUUGAACAGGCGCAUCCGCGUCGCAAGCCUCUGCCAGCUGUUGUCUGCUCCAUGACGAAGGCGGUCGCUCAAAUGAAAGCAUGAAA